AUGGCGUGUCCACCUUAUCCCACAGAAGUUUCCUACGCGCCUUACCAGCCAAUGCUUCGAGAGACCCCCAUAACCAUGAUGCCUUCGCAUCCAACCCCAUUACCGCCUGUGUCGCACUGCAGCAAAAUGGACCCUCGAGCCAACAUUCAUGUAGCUUCUCCAUUCGUUCUUAACCCUAUAGCAAGCUUUGAAACCGAACCUGGGCUAGCUGCUACACAUGGCUUGGGUUUUCACAUCGAUACGUCCAAACUGCGUGAACUGGAAGAGUUUGCAACGCAGUUUAAACUCCGGCGGAUUAAGCUAGGCUUCACGCAAACAAACGUUGGAGCAGCGUUAGCCUCAGUGCACGGAACAGAUUUUAGUCAAACGACUAUUUGCCGUUUUGAGAAUCUGCAGUUGAGUUUCAAAAAUGCGUGCAAACUGAAGCCGAUUCUAGCGCGUUGGCUUGAGGAAGCAGAAUGCUCCGGCGGGGCGUGUGGAGAUAAAUUUAACGCUGAACGGCGCAGAAAAAGACGGACGACCAUUGGGCUCACUGCAAAGGAACAUCUUGAAGAUCAUUUUCUGAAACAGCCCAAGCCAUCUUCACAAGAAAUUAUCCGCAUCGCUGAAGGAUUACGUCUUGAUAGAGAAGUUGUCAGGGUUUGGUUCUGUAACAGGCGACAGAGGGAAAAAAGGGUCAAAACAUCGCUUAGUAUUCACGGAUUCUUAACCUGUAAAAAUGAUUGA